AUGCCCGCAGUAAACCCGGGCUUGCUUUGGCAGACCUUCCGGCCGGCCCUCCCUGCCCGCAGUACCAGGCCUCCUUGGCAGACCUUUCGCCCACUCCCGCCUGCCCGCAGUACCAGGCUGCUUGGCAAGACCUUUCAGCCCGCCCGCCUGCCCAGCAGUACCGGGCCUUGCUUCAGCAGACUUUUCGGCCCGCCCGCCUGCCCGCAGUACCGGGCCUGCUUCGGGCAGACCUUCCGGCCCGCCCGCCUACCUGCACCGGGACUGCAACCUUCCCAGCCCGCCUGCAUGCCCACAGUACCGGGCGGUGCUUUGGCGACCUUCCGGCCCGCCCCGCCUGCCCGCAUACCAGGCCGGCUUGCAGACCUUUCGGCCCGCCCGCCCGCCUGCCCGCAGUACCGGGCCUGCUUCGGCAACCUUCCGGCCCUCCCGCCUGCCCGCAGUACCAGGCCGCUUGGCAGACCUUUUCUCCCGCCCGCCUCCUGCCCGCAGUACCGGGCCUGCUUCGACAGACCUUCCGGCCCGCCCCCGCCCUGCCCGCAUACCGGGCCUGCUUCGGCAGACCUUCCGGCCCGCCCAGCCUUGGCCCGCAGUACCACGGCCGGCUUGGCAGACCUUUCGGCCCGCCCGUCUGCCCGCAGUACCGGGUGCCUGCUUCGGCAGUACCUUCCGGCCCGCCCGCCUGCCCAGCAGUACCAGCCGGCCUUGGCAGACCUUUCAGCCGGCUUGAGAUUUUGGCCCGCCCGCCUGCCUGAAACCUUCCGGCCCGCCCGCCAAUGCCCGCAGUACCAGGCCGGUUCUUGGCAGAACCUUUCUUCCCUGCCCGACCAGACCUGCCCGCAGUACCGGGCCUGCUUCGGCAGACCUUCCGGCAUGCCCGCCUGCCCUCAGUUCAUUAGGCCGGCUUGGCAGACCUUUCGGCCCGCCCGCCUGCCCGCAGUACCGGGCCGGCUUCGGCAGACCUUCGGCCCGCCCGCCUGCCCGCGUACCAGGCCGGCUUGGCAGACCUCGCCCGCCUGCCCACCAGUCCGGGCCUGCUUCGGCAGCCUUCCGGCCCGCCCGCCUGCCCGCAGUACCAGGCCGCUUGGCAGACCUUUCGGCCCGCCCGCCGCCCGCAGUACCGGGCCUGCUUCAGCAGACCUCCGGCCCGGCCCGCCUCCCGCAAUAGCCGGCUCCACCUUUCGGCCCGCGCGCCCAGUACCGGGCCUGCUUCCUGCCCGCAGUACCAUGGCCUGGCUUGCAUACCUUUCGGCCCGCCCUCCUGCCCGCAGUAACCGGCCUGCUUCGGCACCUCCCGCCCGCCCGCCGCCCUUCAGUACCGGGCCGGCUUUGCAGACCUUUCGCCCGCCCCGCCUGCCGGCACCGGCCUGCUUCGGCAGACCUCCGCCCGCCCGCUUGCCCGCAUACCAGGCCUGCUUGGCGACCUUCCGGCCCGCCCGCCUGCCUGCACCGGGCCUGCUUCGGCAGACCUUCCGGCCCGCCCGCCUGCCCGUACCAGGCUGUCGGCCCCCCCCAAGAACUCCUGGCCUCUGCCGCCUGCACCCGUACCGGGCUAGGCUCGGCGGGUCCUCCGGCGCCGUCCUUGCAAACAGAAACCCUGUGCUGGUCCUUCAGUUCGGCCUGAACACCACCAGUCCUCCCUCUCCAUCGAAUAGAUUGGCGACGAUUUUCCUUCCUCAAAAAGGCAUGUCAGCUCGUUCCUCUGGGUUACGCAGCCUGAUCUUCACACUGGAGUCCACCCUUUUCCUUUGUCAUGUCUUCCACUUCAUUCUGCAGGCGCUGGAACCUCACAUCGACGUCUUUCCUGCCGGAUUCGCGCUUUUCGGUUGCGUCGUUUUCUUCCUGGAUGAGCCUCGCCAUCCGCGCCGCUUCUAA